CUGCUACCCAACACCUAUUUCACUUCGUCAAAAAAUGAACAAUCCAACCCAUCCUCAAAUAGAAUCCGCCGACCUGGUAAUCGUCGGCGCCGGCUGGCACGGAAUCUCCGCCGCAAAAGCAUACCUCGAAGUCAACCCCACGCACAAAAUAAUCAUCUUCGACAGCAGCGCAUCCAUCGGCGGCGUCUGGGCCAAAGAGCGCCUCUACCGCGGUCUCCGAACAAACAACCUGCUCGGCUCCUACGAGUUCAGCGACCUCCCCAUGGCAGAAGCGCAGUUUGGCGUCCGCGCCGGCCGGCACAUCCCCGGUGAUGCGGUUCACGCUUAUCUGCAGGCCUAUGUCAAGGAGAGUGAGCUAGGGGAUAAAAUCCGGCUGCGGUGCAAGUUGAUGAAGGCUGAGUAUACGGAUGACAAGCAGUGGGCGUUGACUGUUGAUGAUGGUCGUGCGGUGGAUGAUAGUAGUACUGGGGGUACUGCGUGUGUUAUCAAGACUCCGAGGUUGAUCCUCGCUACUGGGUUGACUUCGCAGCCGUCUAUGCCGCAGUUGGCGGGACAAGAUGAGUUUGGGGCUCCAAUAUUCCAUGUGCGCGACCUAGCGCGGUACGAGAGCAAGGUCCUCGAGGAGGCAGCGUUCGUCACGGUGCUGGGAGGGACCAAGUCCGCGUGGGAUACGGUAUACGCGUGCGCAUCCUCCGGCGUCUCCGUAGACUGGGUGAUUCGGGAGUCGGGCCACGGACCGGCGUGGAUGGUGCCGACGUUUUCGGCGCCCUUCCAGCGGCCCAUGGAGGAUUUUGUGGCUACUCGGUUGACUACGCUGUUGAGCCCGUGCGUUUGGGGCGAGGCGGACGGGUUUUGCAAAGUGCGCCGCUUUCUCCAUGGGACGUGGUUGGGAAGAAAGAUCGUGGACGCCUUUUGGGGGAUCAUGGGGAGACAGGUAAAUGCUGUCAAUCGGUAUGAGGACCACCCUGAAACGGAGAAGUUGCGGCCGUGGAUUCAUCCGUUCUGGGUCGCGUCGACGUUUAAUAUCUUGAACUAUCCCACCGACUUCUUUCAGUAUGUGCGGGAGGGGUUGGUGAGGGUUCACAUUGCUGAUAUCGCCCGGCUGUCUUCGAGGACGGUCCACCUCUCGAAUGGAGACCAAAUUAUUACGACCGCUUUGGUGUGCUGCACUGGGUGGAGAUCGACCCCUGAUAUCGAGUUCGUCCCGGCCAAUCUCGCCCACCAGAUCGGCUUCCCUGGAUCGCCAGAUUAUCUGAGCGAAGAAACAGUGGAUCGUGCUACCCAGGAGAUCCUGCGGCGAUUCCCAACCCUCCGCAGCCAGCCAGCCCUCAACGGCAACUCCAUCCAGCGGGAAACAGCACACCCUCUUCGCCUCACUCGGUUCAUGGUCCCCCCUGCCUUCCUGCAAGAUCGAUCUCUAGUCCUCGUCGGGAACCUCGUGUCCUUCGCUACGAGCAUGGUCGCCGAGGUUCAGGGUCUGUGGGCCACUGCAUACUUUGCCAACCGACUCUCACCAACCAGCCCCAUCAGUGCCCUCCUUUCCAGCACUGAAGUCGAGGGAGCGUCAAACAAAGCCCACGAAGACAUCGUGUGGGAAACAGCCCUCCACACCGAGUUCGGGAAGUGGAGGUGUCCGGGCGGGUAUGGCCAUCUGCACCCGGACUUUGCGUUUGAUCUUCUUCCGUAUUUGGACCUUCUUUUGGGCGAUUUGGGUGUUUCUACGCGUCGCAAGUCGAGCUUUUGGGCUCAUUUGUUUCAGCCUCAUGGGCCGCGGGAUUAUCGGGGGUUGGUUGCGGAAUGGAAGCGCCUGAAUGGGGAGGCUAGUUCUGACGAGGAUGAGAGUAUGGAUGAGGUACACUGAGAUGGAGGAAAUGUUAUGUUUUUUUGGUUAAUACUCGCAAGUUUGUACGAUUCCAUGGUUAGUAGAUCUCAUUACCAACACGCUCGAGUACCACUGUCAUAGUGUUGUUG